GGAGGGGAAGAGGGGAGGGGAGAAAUCGGAAGCUUACCAGUAGUAGGGGACAAAAGCGACGAAGAGCGACGCUCGGCUUCCCAGAAGGAAGGGAUCGCUGGGAGCAAUUACAGGCUUCACUGAUGCGCUAGCAGCGCUGCGCUUACAGACCUCAGCCGCCGCAAUCAGUCAGGAAGCAGGAUUGGCAGAGCGUUGAAGGAACGCAGACAUGACUACAACGAGGAGGCGGUGGUUGCCCCUGCAUAUGAGCAGUGACGACAAGAUGAAGGGAGGGAAAACGGUGCUUUUGUAUAUGGCCGCGCUUUCGGCCGUGUUGAUCAUUGGUCGAUCCUUCGUGAACUUCGAUGAGUGGUACGCAAAAGUGGAUCAAAGUGAACUCGAAAAUACCGAGUUGGUGAUUCACAGAGAGCAGGAAGCGGCGAAGUACGAAACGGUUCAGGAAGACGCCGAGGAUGUAGGCGCGCGGAUGCAGGUUCGUCCUAAGGAGAUCACCGUGCCCUGGGCUCAACACCUUUCGUAUCUGGAGAAUCUUCCGGGAGUUCUCGCGAUUCAGAUUGGGUCGGGCAAAGAGGAUAUGGCAAAAUGGCUCAUGGAGAAAAUCUUAACUUAUCAGACGAGCCAUCUGAUCUGCGUCGAUCUGUUCAACGAUCAUGAGUACAAUUCCUUCAUGAAAACAAUGGGCAAGAACAAGGAAAAGGUGACCGUCUGGAGAGGGCGGAAUGUCGACGCGCUGCUGGAUACUGUCGUGACAUCGAGACGGUACGAUUUCGUUUACCUGGAUUGUCAUCGUAAAGCAGCGAAAACGGUGAUGACGGAGCUCUGUUUGGUUUGGCCUUUGGUCAGAUCGUUAGGAGUGAUCGUGCUGGAUGGCCAUAAAGGAGGAGGUGAAUCGCCGAAUUCUCCCAAGCCUGCAGUCGAUGCCUUCGUGCGCUGGUUUAGGAACGACACAACGCUUCUUCACAAUGAUGAGCAGCUUGUUGUUAGGAAACAGAAGCAGUUUUGAAGAUGCAGCAGCAAUCCUCGUGACAAAAAACAAAACAAAACAAAAUAACCAACGAGUCUUUAGCGUGCGCAAGUAGGAACUUGCAGCUGUGUGCGCAAUCUAAAGCUGCGGUGUAUUGUCCCCAUCUUCGAAAAGGUGGUGUAGCUUCAUCUCUUUGCCUCUUGCCUGCAAGGUGUCGUCGGCUUGCCGGCAGUUGUGUACCAGUUUCUGGAGUGACACUGUACCCCCCCCUACUGCCUCGUAUCUUGACGAUCAUCAUGCGGUGAGUUUUGUUGUUUGUCGCUGUGCUUUUUGCCUGUUUUGCUGUUCAUAGAUGAUACAGCCUUUUGCCAGUUUCAUGUGCAGGGUUGUAUGCUUCUUUGCUCCCAUCUUUCCCGAUCAUUGUGUUUGUAGUUGCUUUUCUUUUUUAGGCCGAGCUGAGGAGGGAAGGAUGGGAACUUGUCCGCGUAGCUCUUCCAUUGGCCUGUGCAUAUGCGGGGUACGUGAGUUCCAAAGUACUCUGCAGGCGCAGGCGUGGCACUGGCGUGCUUGUGUUUUUGCGUGGUUAUAGGGCCUGUAGACUAGGCAGACAUUUAUAGACCGAUUUGUGUGCACAGCUUCUUGCGUGUUCUUAUCAAGUCCAGGUGCUCGGCAUUUAUUUCGGGCACAAUGGCAUGAUUCCCUGUACCCCAGAUAGCACAUGGUUUGAAGACGCACCAGGUACGAUGUACAUCGGUAUUCUGGUGCAGCAGCGUGUAACAUGUUCUGCAGGUAGGAUGGUUAAGUGUCCAUUCUUUUUUCUCUCUGCUCCUGUUUUUUAGCAGAAAAAGGAUGUUAUGUGGCUAUUCUACGAUAUAGGCGAUAGGGUGUUUUCUGGAUGAAUGCUGUUUUGCUAGACAUACAGAUUUGGCAUUUGUUCUUCGUGUGUGUGACACGAUGAACGAUGUUUUGGUAGACCACAUGGCUGGCAUGUGUUCUUGCUGUGUGGGACCGUCCCCUGCUUCCAUUGUGAGAGCCGGCCAGUCGCGUGGCGGUCCAACCGCGCACACAUCGAAGAUGGGGAAGAAGGAAGAGGGUGGACGGGGCCGUAGUGACUACAAAAGAAUUGGCCGAAAAAAAGUGUGCCGCGGAUGUUGCAGAUAUUUUUCCUAGUUUUGUGAGCAGAGAAAAUCUCCCUCCAUUGUCUCUGUGCACUUGAAUUAUGUGGGCGGAUUGCCAAAAUGAGUGUCGUUCACAUAGCGGAGUGGAUGCGCUUUCGGGCAUCCCAUCCAUCAAUCGGUGACUGCCUCCGCCCUCCAAUCCUCUAUAUACCGUUGAUUCCGGACAACCAGCCUUCAGUUCCUCGCUGUCACCGGUCGAUGGAUUUCAGGCGACCGGUUGAAUUUUAAUUGUAAAGGAAACUGCCGAUUCGGAAACGAGUGUGCGUCGUGCGGCACACCGUGAAGUGCUCGCGUCCUCUGCCAUCGAUCGAUUGGUGACGGCCAGCACCCUUCAGCUCCCUGGCUGUCUACCAUUUGUCUGUGAUGACCAGCCUUGCAGUUCGUGUGGGGUGUUUUGAUUGUCUUCAGCUGAGCGGUGUUGAGUCGUCAAGGGAACUGCUGCGGAGACACGUCCAACAGGCCGAGCCGCCAUUUCUUCCUGGCAGGUGCUCGAGUGUCUUCAGGUGAGAGCGAGAGUCGGUGGAUCGUCAACAUAACUACGGAGAUGGGGUCAACGGAUUGAUUUUUUUGUCCACCCUGGCUUCAUGUGUACAUGGCAUUGUUUCGGGUUGAAGAAGUCAUUGUCUGCAAUUGGCGUUGUGUAAUACGCUGCUGCGUAUUCUCGGAGGUGGCUUUCCCAUCGUGCGAAACGUCUCUGAAAAUUAGAGCAGAGCUAUACGGAUAGAGAGAGGAUGAGCAAUUUAGCAUACUCCUGUGCAAGGAUGACGAAAAUGAGACACGCGUAAAUGGAGACGAAAGUCCAAAUGUACCAGAAAGGAAUCGUGAAAAACGAAUUGCUUACCCAGUGUGCGCAGCGUGCACAACCUGCAUGUGCACUUUUUCCGCAAGUCUUGCCGUGGAUGUAGAAACAGAUUGUAUUAACUUGUGACAUUACAUCUUUCACCUGCACCUCCCCUCCCCUCCCCUCCCCUCGCCCCCCGCCCCCGACAACCGCCACCAGCUUCUGUUGAAGGAGUUCUGUGGAAGGAGAGGCUGUCACCAAACUACUUUUCCGACAAGCCCUCUGCAGAAGAGAGGUGAAGCAAAAGGUAGGUUGGCCCUUUUGCGGGAAUUUCGAUUUCCGAGUUUGUGGACGGAGAGGUAGUCACCACACUACUUUUCAGACCCGCGGGAGAAGAGGUUUUGUAAGGAUGUAGGUACAUGCUGUGUAACUGCGGUUAUAACAUCGGGGGCAACCUACCUGAAUUCACUUUUUCCGAGUUUUCGAUUUACGUAACAUGCGAGAUGGUAGAAGGAAGGGCACAGCCGGGUCUGCCUAAAUAAUUAGGAGUUAGCUCCAUCUUAGACUCGUUAGUCGUAGCCCUCACCUAGAAAGAGCGGUAUCUUUUCUUCGUUGUUUUGCCCUUUCUUCUGUUGGGGGGGGAAGGGUCUUGAUAACAAACACCGCACAACACC